UAUUUUAUAAUGUUAACAUCAAAGAAUAUUUGUAGAGAAAACUUGAUUUGUAUGAAUUGUACAAUUUAAGGAACUCUUACACUUGCAUAUACUCAUGAGACCAUCACACAAGUACCACACAUAGCAUUAGCAUCAUUGCAAAAGAUUGAUUGUAUCAUUCAGUCUGUCCUUCUCUCCACUUCCAGUUUCAACCAGCGAAAUGGUCUCUCUCAUUUAAUUUGGAUUGUAUCUAAAAUAAGUGGAAUCAUACAAUGUGGCUUAUGUUUUAUCUGGCUUAUUUCACUUAGCGUGAUAAUUUUGAAAUUCAUCCACACUAGUGUGUGUUUGAAUAGAUUAUUCUUUUUAUUGCUGAGUAAUAGUCCAUUAAAUAGUAUUCACUGAGAAUGGAUAAAUACAUUAUCUAUUAUCCAUUCACUUGGUAGACGUGGUUGUUUCCAGUUUGGUGCUAUAAUAAAUAAAACUUCUACGAAGCUGUCAUAUGUAGAACUUUAUAUAGACAUAUUUUAAUUUUUCUAAAUUCAGUCAUAUGGGAGUUAUACGCUUAGCUUUGUAAGACACUGCUGGUUUUCUGAAGGUAUUGUACCAUUUUAUAUCCCCUCUAGUGAUGUAUGAGCAUUCCAAGUGCUUCAUGCUGUCACCUAAUCAUGGUAUGGGCAGUACUUUUUGAAUUAAAGUCACUCUAACGGUUGCUUUGUCACUUAUUUUUUCAUUUAUGUGUUUCUUGAUUGGUUACUUGCAAUACCAGGGAUUGAACUCAGUACCUCUGCAUUCAUCUACAUCCGUGGCCCUUUUUAUUAUUUGCAUUUUGCUUUGAACUGUUUUGUUUUCAUUUUGAUACGUGAUCUUGCUAAGUAGCUAAAUUGCCCAAGCUGGGCUUCAAUUUGUGAUCCUCCUGACUCAACUGUCCAGAGUGCCAAGAUUAUGUACGUGUACCACUACGUCUAGUUCAUUUUGUGGUUUUAAAAAGAAUUUCUGUGUUGAACGGGAUGAUGAGCACCUUUUAUAUGUUUAUUGGCCAUAAAUCUACCUUUCAUGAACUGUUCAUUCGAACCUUUUUUCUCUAUUUUAUUGAGUUGUCUUAUUGAAUUGUAAGAGUUCUAAGUAGAUUUCAAAGAAGGUUUUUCAUUUUAUAUGCCCUGGAAUAUAUGGAUGACAAUUUUGGCUUGGCUUUUUGUUUUUCUAUUGCUAUCUUUGGUAGGACCAAAAUUUUCAAUUUUUGUUUUUUGUUUUUUUGUCUUUUUCCUUUUUAUCGGUACCAGGGAUCGAACUCAGGACUGCCUACUUGCAAGGCAGGCGCUUAUGCCACUGAGCUAAAUCCCCAGCCCCAAUUUUCAAUUUUUGUAAAAUCCAAUUUAUUGAUUUGUCUUGGUCAGUGCUUCUAAUAUCUAAUAAAUACUUGUUUUGUUUAAAUUCUUUUAUUUCAUUAUUAUAGCUACAUCACAAAGAUUUUCUUCUAGCAGUUUUAUUGUUUUAGCUUUUACAUUUCGGUCUGUGAUCCACUUUGAGCUAAUUGUAAUAUUUUUAGCUCAUAAGCUAAAGACUGAGGCUCAUUUUUUUCCCAUUGUGAACAUGCUGUUCAUUACCCUUUAUUGGAAAAGCCUUUCUCUUCUUCAUUGUAUUGGUACCUUUGCUGAAAAUAGUUGAAUACAUGUGUUGUAUGAUCCUGAUUCUGUACUGUUUCAUUACAUUGAUUCACAUGUUUAUCCUUUCACCAGAACCACACCAUCUUGAUUACUAUAGCUUUGUAUAUUUGUUGUUUCUUUGUUUUUUUGGUUUUUUUUUUUUUUUUUUGUCUUUUUUGAGACAGUUCAGGCUGGCCUUCAGCUCACUUUAUAGCCCAGGCUGAUGUUGAACUCACAGUGUUUCUCCUGCCUCAGCCUCCUAAGUGCCGGGGUUGCUGGUGUGUUACUCCACCCAGCUCAGAUAGUGCUAUUUGUAAAAUUGCUCUGAUUGUUUUAGAUCACCUUGUAUGUGAUACACGUUUUGGAAUGAAAUUGAGAAUUUCUACUUAAAAGCUUGGACUUUGAUCAGGAUUAUGUUGAAUUUAUACAUCGUUUGGGGAAGGAUUGACCUCUUAACAACAUUGAGUCUUCUAAUCCAUGAGUAUGACAUAAGCCAUUUAUUAUAGGCUUUUUUAAUUUCUCUGAGGAAUAUUUUAAAGUAACCAAUGUAGUGUGGUCUUGUAUGUCUUUUACAUAUUCUUUCUGGAGUCUUAUGGUUUUGGGGUGCUAUUACACAUAGAAUUUUUAAAAUUACAUUUUCCAGUACUACUAGUAUGCAAAAAUGUAAAUUGAUCUUUAGCUUUAUAUCUUUUUUUUUUUUUGUCUUUUUCCUUUUUAUCGGUACCGGGGAUCGAACUCACAACUGCCUGCUUGCAAGGCAGGCACUUAUGCCACUGAGCUAAAUCCCCAGUCCCCAGCUUUAUAUCUUGUGACCAUACUAUUUUCAUUUUGUAGUAGUUCUACCAGUUACUCAGUAGAUUCUUGAUUUUUCAGUAGAUUCUUGAUGUCAGUAGAUUUUUAUAGAGUUUUAUAUUUUCCUUUCUGACCCUUGCCUUCUUUUUUUCUUGGUAUAUUGCAAUGGCUAGCACCUCCUGUACAAUGUUGAAAAGAAGUGGUAAGAAAAAAUAUACUUGUGUUGUACUAAUCUUAGGACAAUUUAUAUUUUAUCUUUCACUGUUAGGUUAACACAAGCUAUAGAUUUUUCUUAGAUGUCUGAUCAAGUUGAAGUAACUCCUUUGUAUUCUUAGUAUACUAAGCAUCUUUAAAAUAAAUGGGUCAGAUAGUCAUCAUAUUAUCCUGUAAUUUUUUUGUUUAUUCUGUUAAUAUGGUGAAUUGCAUUGGUGAUUUUCAAAUAUGAAACCAAUCUUAUAUUCAUGAUGUCAUAUUUUUCUCAUUGCUAGGACAAAAUACCCAAUACCCGCAAGUAAAGGUGGAGAGGUUUAUUUUGGCUUAGGGUUCAUAGUGGUUUUAGUCCACUGUUAGAUGGCUCCAGGGUACUGGGGUAUGGCAGACAGACCUCUCAGCAGGAGGAGGAGUGAGAGGGCGGAACCAAGCAAGGAAAUACACCCUCCCAGGCAGCUCCCCUCUGGUGACUCAGCUCCUCCCACCAGGCCCCACCUCCUAACUGCAAGCCUGCUAAAAACCCCAUAACCUAAUCAUCUUUCAAAGCCGUAACUUUAAGCAUAGAAGGUUUGGGGGGAUGUUCUGAUAUAUACCAUACUGAUGAGAUAAAUUCUAUUUGAUCAAGAUUAUGCUUUUCAUAUAUUCUUGGGUUUGCCACAGAUUUAUAAAAUUCAAAUGCUUAUGUGCUAUAUAGGUCUUUAGGUUUACUUUCUUGUAAUUCCUUAACUUGGCUUCAGUAUCAAGUAACACAGGGCACAAGCACCUAUCUGGCAAGCACAAGGUCCUGAGUUCGAUGCUCAGUUCCAAAAAAAGAUAAUGCAGGCCUUCUGAAAACAAGUUGGGCUUUUGUGGUUGGUUUGUUUUGUGAAAGAGUUAAGAAGAAUACUGCUGUUGCUCUCUUGUGUUUUUGGUGGAGUUUACCAGUGAAGACAUCUGUGCAAGUAGUAUUUUUUAUGUUUACUGGAUAUAUUGUUUUUCCAGUUAUCUAAUUGUUCUUAGGUUUACUGGAUGUAUUGUUUUUCUAGUUAUCUAAUUUGUCUUAGAUUAGCUUUGGGAGGUUGUAUUUUUAAGGCAUCUGUGCAUUUGUCUUAGUUUCCCAGUUUAUUAAUAUCAGUUGUUUAUAAUCUUUGAAAUGUCAUAAGAUGUAUAAUAACAUCAUUAAAUUCUGAUGUUGCUGAUUUCUGUUUUCUGCUUUGUCUUCGUGAACCUACUUAUGAUUUAAAGAACCUACUUAUGAUUUAUUUUCUCCAUUGACUGUUUUCUAAUUUGUUAUUUUGUCUACUUAGCUUUUUUGUUUCUAUUUCUUUUCCUUGAGUUUACUUUGUCUUUUCCUCCCUUCUUGAGGUGACAUCUUAGAUUAUUGAUUUUUAUACUUUUAGUUUUUUUAAUAUAAGCAUUUUAAAAUUAUAGACUUUGCUCUAAGUACUGUUAAGCUGUAUCCAAGAAAUUUUGACAUGUUAUAUUAUCAUCAUUAUCAGUCACACUGUUAUUUUCUGAUUUCUCCAGUUAUAUGCUUUGACUUAUGAAUUAUAGAGAAAUAGAUUAAUUCGCAGAUGUUUGAAGUUUACCAAACAUCUUUUUUUAAUUUAAUUCUGUUGAGGGUGAAGAACUGUCUUUAAUUUCCAUGCUUUCAUGUACUGCCACAUGGCUAUGGCCUGGCAUAUGGUCUGUCUUACUGAUCACACAUAAAUACAUGUUAUACAGUUUGUUAGGCAUAUUGUUCUGUUAAUAUAAACCAGAUAAGCAUCAUUCAUUCUGUUAGGAUCCUCUAUGCAUUUAUACAUCUUUUCUGGUUUCUUUAGUGGCUGAGCAGCUCUUACUACAGUUGGCCUAGUAUGGUUAUGGAGUUACCUAUUUGUUACUUUCAUUGCCAGUUUUUCUCUUAGUUGAGGCUCUGUAUUAGAUACACACAUAUUAGUAAUUAUUUCUUCUCCCUGAUGAGUUGACCCUCUUAUCAUUAUGAUAUGUUUUGUUUAUCUUUGGCAGUACUUUGGUUUUGAAGUUUAUCUGAUAUAAGUAUAGGCACUGUAUGAGUAAGCCUGAUGUGUAUAAUUUGCAUGCUGCAUCUUUGUCUGUCUGGUUAUUUAUUUGCACUAUAUCCUGAUAUUUAAUGUGAGUUUUCUGUGUACAGCAUUGGGUCUUCCUUUUUUAUCCAUCACUACAUUUUAAGUGGAUAUGUGGUCAAUUAAUAUUAAGUACACAGUUUGAGCAUUCCUAAUCCAAAAACCUGAAAGGCUCCAAACUCUGAAACUUUCUGAGAUAUAUGAUAUUUUCAUAUCAUAAAACUUGUUUUAUCUGAAUAUUUAAAAUAAUGUACAAAAUUAUGUGUAUUUUAUAUGUUUAAUGUAUAUAUGAAUCAGAGCUGAGCAUGGUGGCACACAGCUAUAAUUCUAGCACUUCAGAGACUAAGACAGGAAUAUUGAAAGUUCAAAGCCAGCUGAGGCUAUAUAGCAAGAUUCAAUCUCCAAAAUAUAAUAAUAAUAACAAUAAAAUGAAUCAAUAAACAAGUUUUGUGUUUUAUACUGUGGGCCCAUUCCCAAGUAAUUUUACUAUGUAUAUACAAAUAUUCCAAAAUACCAAAAAAAAUCUGAAAUCCAAAACUCUUUUCAUGCCUAACAGUGUGAAUAAGAGAUACUCAGUCUAUAAUUAUUUGUGUAAUUUUAUUUGAAUCUGCCUUAAAAUUGCUUUUUAAUUUACUCUUAUUUAUACACCACCCUCCCCCCACCCAUUUAUUUAUUUGUUGGUUGGUUGGUGUUCUGAGGUAGGGUCUCACUGUGUAAUGCAGGCUGGCCUUGAAUUAUGUAGGCCAGGGCCUUGAACCUGCAGCAGUUAUGCUACCUCAGCUCUUGGAGUCUUAGGAUUAUAGCUGUGUGCCACCACAUCUGCCUUUUUCCCUAUCUUCUUAUCUCUUUGACAUCUUAGAAUAUUUUUUAGAAUUUUGAUUAAUUUUGGGACAUUUUAGUUACACAUUUUUAUAUUAUACUUUCAGUGACUGCUGUUGAGAAGUAGUGCUGAAAAUAUAGUCUGGGACCAGCAGUAUCUCCUAGGAACUCGCUACAAAUGUAGAUUCUCCCCAUGAUGAAUACAUUCAUCAUGUAUUACAAACAUAUACUAACAUGUUUUUAAAAAAGAAAUGCAGAUUCUUAACGUCAUCUCAGACCUACUCAAUUAGAAUCCUAUAUGUGUUUCAUGGUAACCUAUUUUAACAAAUUCCUUAGGUAAUUCUGAUGUACUCUAAAGUUUGAGAAUCACUGUUAUCAUAAUUACAGUAUAUAAACUUUUUGAUCUAAUGAGAAUAUUAGGAAUGACUAUAUUUGCAUUUGUACCUUCUUUUCACUGUUUUAUGAACUAAAUCCAUAUUUAACUAGUUUAAUUGCUACCUUGCAGUCAUUUCAUACUCUCUACCAGUGAGCCUUCAGGAUUUCACUCUCAUGUUACAUUCUAGGAAAAUCUCAUGAAUAUGGUUUGUUAUUGUUUCAUCAGAGGGGAAGUUGGAGUUUGGAAGAGCAUGAGGUGGGGUUUAGUGUCUCAAAGUAUAUUGUCUUUAGUAUUGUUUUCCUAUUUAAUUUUGUUAUGUACUGUGGUAUCACAUCCAGUUCAGUGGUAAUACUCCACUUAUUUUUUUAGCCAUUUACCCGAUUUAUGCACACAAAUUACUAUAAGGAGUUAUUGUGAUAUUUCAUGUAUUAUUGGUUCCUUCUGUGUGCCCAGCCUCUUCUAGAUGAUGCUUGUCUGGGUGAAGAGAGAAAAAACAAAGUUCUUGCACGUGAAAGUUUACAGUCUAAUGAGGACAGAGAGUAAAUUAGCAUGUAAUGUAUUAAAUAAAAGUGAGGUAGAAGGAGGGAGAACGGUAAGUAUGCACUAUUUUUUGUUGGGCAGUUAGGGAAGGUCAUAGUGAAGAGACAACUAUGUAAGUAAAACCUCAAGAGAAGAAAGACUUUAAGGGAUUGGGUGAAACAGAUACUUCCAGACAGGAAAAAGCAGAUGUGGUGUUCUUACGGUGGGGAUAAAAUGAGUACCCAUUUGGCUAACGUAGUGGAAGCAAGUAUGAGUAUGAGGUGAUCUGACGCCAGGCCUACUGGUAUGUUUAUAAUCCCACCAAACGUGGGCAGUUUAACAAAAUCCUUUCUUUUCUUGUUUGUUUGUUUGUUUGUUUUAACCAGGAAUUGAACUCACGGCCUUGCACUUACCAGGCAGGUGCUUAUGCUGCUGAGCUAAGUCCCUGGCCCCUCAGAAUCAUGUCUUAAAACAAGUUACAAAGGGCUGGGGCUGUAGCUCAGUGGUAGAGUGUUUGCCUCACAUGUGCAAGAUCCUUGGCCCUUAGCUGUUGGGCUAAAAAGAAAAGAAAAAAACAGAAGUGCUGUGAUUUGGGAUUGAAAACUGGAAGCCAAAAGAUUUAUCUUCUGUUAAUAAAAGCAAGGUGUGUGACACAAGGUUAACUUCAGGUGUCAAUUGAAGUUUAUAUUUAGUUGGAAUUUAUCACAUAGGAAAUGAUUUUCACAGUACUGAAAAGAAAAGAAAAAAACAGAAGUGCUGUGAUUUGGGACUGAAAACUGGAAGCCAAAAGAUUUAUCUUCUGUUAAUAAAAGCAAGAUUGGGAGUAUGUAUUUAGAGCCACUGAAUUUUCAACAGAGCAAAAUAUUAAUGAAGAAUCAGCCAAAGUAAUGACAAUGGAAAGAAGCCAUCUUAGUUACACUCUUGAUUACCCCAAUUUAAAAGAAAAUUAUGGAAGUGAGCACUGGUAUAAAAAUAAGUUGGGACAUCAAGAGGUACAUUCUAGUGAGUUGAUCAUCAGACAUAAAGGAAUCCUCUCUGAAGGUCAAAGUGAUGAGUAUAGUAAAUCUUGGCAAACAUUCCAGCAGGAUGCAUUACUAGAUAUACAACAGAAUUUUCCUACAAAAGAAAGAGCAUGUAAACAUGAGUCACAAAAGAGAAGUUACCAGAAAAAGUCUGUUGAAAUGAAAUAUAAGAAGGUUUAUGUGGAAAAGAAACUUUUGAAAUGUAAUGAAUGUGAGAAAGUCUUCAAUCAGAGCUCAUCCCUCACUCUCCAUCAGAGAAUUCACACUGGAGAGAAACCAUAUGCAUGUGUUGACUGUGGAAAAUCCUUUAGCCAGAGUGCAAACCUAGCUCAGCACAAAAGAAUACAUACAGGGGAGAAGCCUUAUGAAUGUAAAGAAUGUAGGAAAGCCUUCAGCCAAAAUGCACACCUUGCUCAACAUCAGAGAGUUCAUACGGGAGAGAAACCUUAUCAGUGUAAAGAUUGUAAAAAAGCCUUCAGCCAGAUUGCACAUCUUACUCAGCAUCAAAGAGUUCAUACAGGAGAGAGACCUUUUGAAUGUAUUGAAUGUGGAAAGGCUUUUAGUAACGGUUCAUUCCUUGCUCAACAUCAAAGAAUUCAUACAGGAGAAAAACCUUAUGUGUGCAAUGUGUGUGGGAAAGCCUUCAGCCAUCGUGGAUACUUAAUUGUACAUCAGAGAAUUCAUACAGGAGAACGACCCUAUGAAUGUAAAGAAUGUAGGAAAACCUUCAGUCAGUAUGCCCACCUUGCCCAACAUCAGAGAGUACAUACUGGAGAGAAACCUUAUGAAUGUAAAGUAUGUAGGAAAGCUUUCAGCCAGGUUGCAUAUCUAGAUCAACAUCAGAGGGUUCAUACUGGGGAGAAACCCUAUGAAUGUGUUGAAUGUGGGAAGGCCUUUAGCAACAGUUCAUCACUUGCACAACAUCAGAGAAGUCAUACUGGAGAAAAACCAUAUAUGUGCAAGGAAUGUAGGAAAACAUUUAGCCAGAAUGCAGGCCUUGCUCAACAUCAGAGAAUUCAUACUGGAGAGAAACCCUAUGAAUGUAAUGUUUGUGGGAAAGCCUUUAGCUAUAGUGGAUCUCUUACUCUACAUCAGAGAAUUCAUACUGGAGAGAGACCCUAUGAAUGUAAAGAUUGCAGAAAAUCUUUCAGGCAACGUGCACACCUUGCUCAUCAUGAAAAAAUUCAUACUAUGGAAGCAUUCUUAACCUUUUCCUCUCCCUCACCUUCACCCUCCAGUCAGUUGCCAAGACCUGUGGGUUUUAUCUCCUAAAUCUGUUCAGAAUCUCCUUUAAUCUGUUUUCAUUUUAUCAUCUUUAUCCAUCUUUGUACAUUAAUCUAUUUAACAUAGAUCCUUAUGAAAAUA